UCAAGGCAGAGUGCAAAGCCCGCGAUACUCAGAAUGAGCAGCAAGCACGGUGCUCCGAAGCACCAAAACAAAUACGCUUGGAAACCCAACGCCGGCCGCAAAAUCAACGAAACGGAGGUUGGAGGCAGAUUCCGCCCACUAUCCGAGAUCACUGGAGUUUGUCUUCGCUGCAAGGACCAAAUUGAUUGGAAACGCCGUUACGGCAAGUACAAACCCCUUUCUGAACCUGCUAAAUGUCAACUUUGUUCGAAGCGGGCUGUUCGUCAAGCGUAUCAUAAUCUCUGUCCUGGUUGUGCCAAGCAGCAAGGUGUAUGCGCAAAGUGUCGCUGUCGUGUAGACCAAACCAUUGGAAGGGAUAUUUCUGAAGUCGAGGCUGAGCAAAAGAUGCUUCAAGAGGCCAUAAAGAAUGCUCGAGAAAGGGAUAAAAGAACUCUAUUACGUGCUAUGGAAAAAGGCAAAAGUAAGACUUCAAAUAAGAAUAAAUCUGCAGAUGAAGAAAGUAAGACUGGGGAUUCAAUUCCUUCGUCAACAGAAGAGCAGGCUGCAUUAGGCAGAACAGAGGAGGAGGAUGACGACAAUGAAAGUACUGAUGACACAGAUGAAGAUGCUAUUGAAGACGAAGAUGAAUGUGAAAAUGAAGAGAAGGAUAAAGAUGAAAACGAGGAAUAGUGCAUUAAUCUUGAUUAGGGGUAUGAUUUUGGCAUUAGUCGUUUGAUGAACAAUUUCUAUUUGAAAGGCAAUUUUGAUGGGUCCUUUUGCUUUUAGGAGUGCGUUUGCUUGUACUAUCAAGAUCAACUAUCGUUUUAUAAAAAUUUUGACAACACAGCCUGAUAAGAAUUUGAGA